CAAGAUGUUUGACUUCGGUGCCCCCCUGGAAUCCGUUAACAGCUCUGUGGGUUGCACAUUGUGUGAUGUCAUCGGCUCACAUUCUGCUCCUUGUGAGACUCCAGCGCGGUGUAGCGGAGAUGCCGGCGCCUCCAACUGUGGCUGCCUUCCUGGUGACAAUAGACAUGAAUGUGAAAGAGAUGAUACAGAACACCUCUUCCAGCCCGGAGGCUUAAUACAAUACAGGUUCCCUCACGUGUUUCACCCACAAAGGACGCAUUUUCAGGCAAUGGUGAGAACGCGUCAGUCUCACAGCACAAUCCUCGGCCUGUUCUCCAGAGACAGAAGCGAGUACAUUCUUCUGCAGGUGGUCCAUGGCAUCCUCACGGCUUCAUAUAAUAUUGGCGAUGGUGACUAUGUAGUGAAACUCGCCGGCCACAGACUGGAUUCUGGGGAGUGGUGUGAAGUCGGUUUGGAGCGGCUUCAGAAUGAAUUCACUUUGCGUAUGAGCAGCGGAUCAGAACGCGGUGAGGUCACGGUGGCGCACGGCACAUACAAGGAAAUUAAAGUGGAUCCAAGCAGUGUUUUUCUAGGGAGCGGCAAGAUGGAAGAGCCAAGCUUCGAAGGUUGCAUGAAGGACGUUAGACUGAAUGGCUACAGACUGCCCAUGGAAAACCAGUCCAGCUCUCCAGUGACCACGGUUAGGAAGCAAGGAGUGAGCAGAGGUUGUACCUCCGACAUCUGCAGGAGCGCUCCUUGUAGCCGCGGCUUUGUCUGCACUGACAUGUGGAUGCUACAUGAAUGCAGCUGCCCCCCGGGGUACCUGUUGAUAGAGAACAUAACUGGCCAGUGGUGCCUGUAUACCGUGUGCGCACAAAGCCCGUGCAAGUAUGGCACCUGCAUACCGCGAUCGGAUGCCGAGUUCUCCUGCCUCUGUGCCCAGGGAUUCGCUGGCAGCAACUGCGAUGUGGUCCUUUAUACUCUGGAUCCGGGAUCUACGCUCAGCACUUUCCUCAUCACCUGCAUCGGCUCCACUGCUCUGAUCGCUCUGAUUGUCGGCGCUGUACUUCUCUCCCGCUGCAAGAAGAAGAAAAGGAUGAAUGAGGGCGUCUAUCAUGUGUCCGCUUAUCACGAUGAAGUGGAGGACACCAGGCAGAACAUCUUCCAUUACAACGAGGAGGGAGGCGGUGAGGAGGAUCAGGACGCAUUCAACAUGACAGACCUCCACCUGUCUCUGCGGAACAGCCCGGUGCUCACUCUCGGCCGGAGGGCGAAGGAUCGCCGCGUCCACAGCCCCCUGAGCUGCGACUACGAGCCGCCCGACAUCCAGAAGGCUCCGCCAAGAGCGCCGGCGCCGAGGCUGAGCUGCUCCUUCACCAGCGGAGAUUUCGGUCAGUACUUCUACGACGUCUGCCAGGACGCCGUCUACAUGCACUCGUCCUGCGACAGCUUGAAGGUGUACGACACGGAGGGGGCCGGCUCCAGCGCCGGCAGCCUGAGCACGCUGGCCUCGUCCGGGGUGGAGUCGGACUUGGAGUACGAGGACGUGAAAGCUUGGGGGCCCAAAUUUUACUAUCUCAGUAAACUUUAUUCCUACACGGAGGACGACGAUUCGCAGUGAAGGGGGCGGGGACGGACCGCCGCGCCACAUCCAUGCAAUGCCCCGUCUGCACAAAUCUGACGUCACUACCGACACUUGUGAUAAAUUGCUAAAA